GCGCAGAAGAACUACUGUCCAUCGAAGCCAGCGUUUUCCUCCUUCACACGUGCCUGUUUUGAGUACUCGGACUACUUCAGUGCCCGCCGAGUGCUACAGCUUCAGCUUGUGCGGGAGCGCUCUUGUCACAAGUGUGCUACAUUCGCGGUUCUGGCGUCGCACUGCAACGUGUAGCUUGUGUCAAGGUACCACUGUUGCGUUGCGCAUUGCCUGCUGAUGCCCUUCUUUCAGGGCUGGGCAAUCAUUGAGGAACCAUGAAGAUAAAUGACAAAAACUUGGUGAGCUUUGCACUAAGCUCGAGCCCAGUCGACAGGGAAGGCUGGCUGCUCAAGCGUGGUGAAGUAAACCGUGCCUACCAGAGGCGCUGGUUUCUGCUGAAGGGAAACUUGUUGUUCUACUUUGAGAAGAAGACCGACCGAGAACCGUUGGGUGUGGUCAUUCUCGAAGGCUGCACUGUGGAACUGGCUGAGAACGAGGAGAUGUUUGCCUUCAAGGUUGUAUUUCAUGGCUCUGGCAACCGGAUGUACAUGCUAUCAGCUGACACACAGGAGUCGAUGGAGGCCUGGAUGAAAGCAUUGGCAUGUGCCUCUUAUGACUACAUGAAGCUCAUGGUGGCUGAACUGCAGCGCCAGCUCAGCCAAGUUGCAGAAGCUGAACGACUUGCCAAGUGCGGCAACACCGUGCCCUUGCUCAUCGGAGGGCAGCUGCCUGGGAACCGCUCUGACAGCUGCCUGUGCGUGCGAGAUACUUCAUCGGGCCGUGCAGCACGUUUCAACCCUUUUGACCGCUGGAAGGAAGACGGGUGUAGUGGUAACGAGAGCGGUGAAGCGACCAAGCACGGUAGUGGUGUCCCGACUAGCACCCCGGUGUCGUCACGGUCGUCAACAAAGUACACAUUUGCUGAGCUUCAUCGACGGCACGGGAUGCGAUUUCGGAAACUCAUAGAGGAGCGGAAGCGAAAGGAGGAGAAAGAGCGCGGCUUGGAUCUGCUCAUUGAUCUCUGAGAGCUCUUAUUCAUGAACUCUGAAAAUAUUUUCUUUUUUAUCAACUAAAGGCACUCCAAGCCUGCUUGGGCUAGGCAUUAAUACUGCUUAUUGCACAAUUCAGUUAGCCUUGACACAACCGAAGGCCCCGUGCUUUUUUUGUGGCCUGUUUGUUUCACUGACUCAAGGAAGUAGCAGCUUGUUGAGGCUAUGCAAGUGUUCUGGGGAGUGCCAGAACGUUUAAAUGUCAUUUUGAGGCUCUGCAUUCUGUACAUAGCGCAACUUAACAAGACCCAGCUCACACUGAGCAGAACUAGCUUCACUUCCACUUCCUUGGUUCACAAAGUUGACAUAAAUGCUCGUCUCGUGUGCUGCCAAGAGCUUUAGUGCCACAGAUUAAUAUGUCCGGGGCUACUUGUGCAAUGAAAUUCACACGCAAGAGCCUGCUCAAAGUG